UCAUAAUACAGAUUUUUCCGUUAAUCUAUACUUUUUUUUUGUUUGAUGUGUCUGAUCCGCACCGUUUUAUCAAUUUCCUGGUCUCCCAAUUCACAUACCUUUUCGCAGACAUGGUAAGACCUUAAGAGUUAUGAUUCGUUGACUUCGCAAGACUUGCUCAAACUUCUACGUGGCAUUACACUAUUCGUCGCUCUACCCACAAAAAAAAAAGUAUUGAAUCAUGAAACAACCACCGCGAGAGACAAUUUCAUUCUCUCUCUCUCUUCUCAUUUUUCAACGACGGAGCUACGGUGGAGUUGACUCCGUCGCCACCGGCGUUCUUCAAUCAAAUCCAAUCCACCACCCAUGGAUCGAGCUUCCUUCCUCCUCCUCCUCCUCUUCAUCACCACCGUCUCUAUAUUCUUCUUCGAUCUAACCACCGCCGAUGAGCUCGAAUUAACAGCCGAAUCGCCGAUGAUUUUCCCUCUUAGUUACUCCUCCUUACCACCGCGAGUCGAGGAUUUUCGCCGUCGUCGUCUUCAUCAAUCUCAGCUCCCAAACGCUCACAUGAAACUCUACGAUGACCUCCUCUCCAACGGCUACUACACUACACGAUUAUGGAUUGGAACACCACCACAAGAGUUUGCUUUGAUUGUUGAUACUGGAAGUACUGUUACUUACGUUCCUUGCUCUACUUGUAAACAGUGUGGGAAGCAUCAGGAUCCAAAGUUUCAACCUGAGUUAUCUAGUAGUUACAAAGCUUUGAAAUGUAAUCCUGAUUGUAAUUGUGAUGAUGAGGGGAAGUUAUGUGUUUACGAAAGACGGUAUGCUGAGAUGAGUUCGAGUAGUGGGGUUUUAAGUGAGGAUUUGAUAUCUUUUGGUAAUGAGAGUCAGCUUACUCCGCAGCGAGCUGUUUUCGGAUGUGAGAAUGUGGAAACUGGUGAUCUUUUUAGCCAACGUGCGGAUGGUAUAAUGGGGUUGGGUCGUGGUAAGCUUAGUGUUGUUGAUCAGCUUGUUGAUAAGGGUGUUAUCGAGGAUGUUUUUUCGUUGUGUUAUGGAGGAAUGGAAGUUGGUGGUGGUGCUAUGGUACUUGGUAAAAUAUCUCCUCCGGCUGGAAUGGUGUUUUCUCAUUCAGAUCCUUUCCGCAGUCCGUAUUACAACAUUGACCUGAAACAAAUGCAUGUUGCUGGAAAGUCUCUAAAGCUAAACCCAAAGGUCUUUAAUGGAAAGCAUGGAACCGUCUUGGAUAGUGGAACAACAUAUGCUUAUUUUCCCAAGGAAGCGUUUAUAGCCAUUAAGGAUGCGAUCAUUAAGGAAAUUCCAUCUCUCAAACGGAUCCAUGGCCCAGACCCAAAUUAUGAUGAUGUUUGUUUCUCUGGCGCUGGAAGGGAUGUGGCUGAGAUACACAAUUUUUUUCCUGAGAUCGAUAUGGAAUUCGGAAAUGGUCAGAAACUGAUUCUUUCUCCCGAGAACUACUUAUUCAGGCACACUAAAGUUAGAGGCGCAUACUGCCUUGGAAUCUUUCCUGAUAGAGACUCAACUACACUCCUAGGAGGAAUUGUUGUCCGCAAUACUCUUGUCACUUAUGAUCGUGAGAAUGAUAAGCUCGGGUUUCUGAAGACCAACUGUUCUGAUCUAUGGAGGAGGCUGGCGGCACCAGAAUCUCCUGCACCUACUUCACCAAUUUCCCAAAAUAAAAGUUCUAACAUUUCCCCAAGCCCUGCUAAAAGCGAGUCUCCUACCACUGAUCUUCCAGGUAGUUUAGCCUUGUAUGUCUCUAUGUUUCUGGUCGCUGUCGCAGUCGCUGGUCGUUAGCGACUGCAAACGAACAUGGCUUAUAUCUGACAUUGUAUGUUCUGAAUAAAAUAUUCAAAAGUUUGCUGAAUCGAAACACUUCUUGGGCGUGCUUUUUU